AUGACUACUUUUGGUCUCCGAAAAGAUCUGAAAUCAGUAACCAAUCUAGACCUCGAAGAGCUUGUAAAAGUACUUGAAAUCAAAAUUUCCGAGGAUGGUUAUUGUAGCUCAAAAACUAAUGAAAUUAUGAUUUGGGAUGCUAAUAAAGAUCAAAAUUGCCAAUAUAUUUCAAUUGGAAAACUAGAUGGAAUAAUGAGUAAUGGACUGUGGAUAAAUAGUAAAAAUCAAAUUGCACUGAGUCUUGGGGAAAACAAAAUUGUGAAAGAUUGUAAUCUUGAUCUGAUAGUUAGUGAUGAAGGUUUUACAGUACGUCAACACGUUGUUCAUUUACAUGAAAACGAAAUACCAAGAAUUCCAACAGAAUUGAAGAUUCCUAGAUCCACAGGAUUGACACCACAAGCACUAACAUCAACUCCUAGUCUUCAAGAAAUGAGUAUAAAAACAGAGAUUCCUAGAUCCGAAGGAUUGAUGAAUCCUCAGAAAUAUCAAAAAGAAUGA